UCAAAUUCAUAUUGAUUGCCUCCCCCACACACCAAAAAAAAAAAAAAAAAAACUCUAAUUGAUUGCUAGGCAUUUUUAUAGUUUUAUAUAUACGUCGCACAAACCCACAAAAAUUACAGGCGAAGGAGAGGAGCACAGAAAACCACCACUACCACCACCACCUUUUCUUCUUUUCAUACUUGCGGGAAAACACAGGAGAGUCUUUGAGCAAGAAAAUGUAUAGCAACGGAGAAUCUUCUUCUCCGGAGGACUCCAAUGGCGAAUCAAAUGGAGGGUUGAUUCGAAAAAGGCUCAGAGAUCGAUCAGAGAAAGUGGCUAAAACGAAAGAGAUGUUGUCGAAGCAAGCAGUUCAAACCAAACAGAUCUUGUCUAAACAUGCAGAUAAGAUUGCCAAACGGGCUGAAGAACACGAAAGAUUCAUCAACAAGGUGACUUAUUUGUUGAGUGUUCUUGGGUUUGGAACAUUCUGCUUUCUGUUGGGUGCCAGGCCUCAAGAUGUCCCUUAUGCAUAUUGUUUGCUCUAUGUCAUAUUUGUUCCUCUACGGUGGAUUUAUUAUCGAUACAAGAAAUGGCAUUAUUAUCUCUUGGACUUCUGCUACUACGCCAACACACUAUUCUUGGUCAUGCUUCUUUGUUUUCCUAGAAACGAGAAGUUUUUCAUGAUUUGCUUCUCUUUUGCAGAGGGUCCACUAGCUUGGGCACUGAUUGUGUGGAGAUGCAGCUUAGUCUUUAAUUCUUUCGACAAAAUUGUAAGCGUCUUCAUACAUCUUUUGCCUGGGUUGGUUUUCUUCACAAUUCGAUGGUGGGAUCCUGUGUUUUUUGAAGCCAUGCACCCUGAGGGGACUCCUCGCAGACCUUCAUGGCCUUAUGUAGAAAGCAAGUAUAACCUCUGGACGUGGCUAUUUCUUGUUCCAUUAGUUGCUUACUGUCUCUGGCAGGCUCUUUAUUUUCUCAUUGUAGAUGUCCUCCGUAGGCAGAGACUUUUACAGGACCCUGAAGUUAUGACCUCUUACAGAGAGCUCUCCAAAAAAGCACAGAAAGCUAACAACAUAUGGUGGCGUUUAAGUGGUAUUCUUGGAGAUCAGAACCGGUUGCUUAUGUAUAUUGUCCUCCAAGGAAUAUUUACAGUGGCAACAAUGGCACUUACAGUACCCAUAUUUUUGUCCUACAAAUUGUCUGUCUUUUUCCAAAUCCUUAAACUCUCUGCAACUGUAUGGAAUGGAGGGAACUUUUUACUUGAAGUAAUGCCAAGACAGUACGUACUUAAAGAGAAGAAGAAAUCAGAGGGCAAACGGGAGCAGACUAUCGAAGACCAGUCAAUUGCCCCGGAGAAUUCGAUGAGCUCAUAUGGUAAAUGCGUUCCUCAAACUAUGCAGACUGAACAAGACCAGCCCAUGGAACUUGAAGCCUUGAUGGGAACAAGUAAUUCGGCUGAGAUGCAAGAGUCCUCUUAGUGAUGUACAAAAUAAAUUCUACAAACUCCAUCUUUACAAGUGAAAGCUGUGAACUUUUCAGGAAUAUUCUUUGUAGAUUAAUGUGUUUUACAAAUCCCUUAAAAGUGAUCACUCUUCAAUGAGGGGCAUAACAAGUAGUUUAGCUGAGAGGAGAUGUAUUGACAAGAUGUCGGAUCUGAUGAGCUGGAACUUUUUACUUUCCAGUAAAAAAAAAACAGAACUAGAACCGAGAUUUAGGAACAGAGGGUGGGAAUUAAUGUUUUGAUGUAAAGAGAACAGUGAUGUGGGAACAUAAACCGGGUCCCAGUUGAUUUUCUGUUUUCUUGAAAUUAUUUUAACAAGAGGUGUCGAAAUGGUUGAUGGC